GCUAAGUAAUAAUAAUUCUUGUAGAUAGUCCAAAGAUAGAUAGAGAUAGAGAUAGAGAUAGGAUAUGCCAAUAUUGUCAUGACAAUGUACUCCCUACUCGUCGUCGCCGUCCCAAGAAAAAUACAGAGAAAAUAAGACCAUUGACCCAACCGUGCAUGCAUCCUCACCUAGAAAAUGCAUUGAAUACUUCAAACAUCCUACCAAAACCAAAGACGCCGGGCCCACUUUCCAGUCAAACAUGACGACGGGCUGCGCCGCACCAUCCCCAGCCCGAGCCGCCCCGCGCACUCUCCCUCUCCGCUCGCCUAUUUAUGCCGGCGCCACCGCCCACCGGCUUCCAUCCACCCACCACAACCACAUCCUCACCGGCCUUCCACCGCCGCCUCGCCUCGCCGGAGUACAACCACCGCCACCACCAAGACCAAGAUGGGCUCGCGGUACGAGGUGGAGGUGACCGUGGGCUCCGCCCGCGACCUGAAGAACGUCAACUGGCGCAACGGCGGCCUCAAGCCCUACGCCGUGCUCUGGAUCGACGCCGGCGCGCGCUGCUCCACCCGCGUCGACCUCGACAACGGCGACAACCCCAGCUGGGACGAGAAGGUCGUCGUCCCGCUGCCCCCCGCCAGCCGCCUGGAGGACGCCGUGCUCUACAUCGACGUCGUCCACGCCAACGCCGCCGAGGGUGUCAAGCCGCUCGUCGGCUCGGCACGGCUGCCUCUCCGCGACGUCGUCGACGACGCCGGCGUCGGGGGCAAGGUGUCGAGGAAUUUGAGGCUGAAGCGGCCCUCCGGGCGGCCCCAGGGGAAGCUUGACGUCCGCGUCGCCGUCAAGGAGCCGGCCAGGUACUACGACUCCAACGUCCCUGGUGGCUACCCGGCGCCCGCCGGCUACGGCUCCUCCCGGGAUGCGUACGGUGGUGGGUAUGGUGCCGGAGCUGGCGCGUACGGCGCUGCUGCUGGGGCUGGAGGCUACGGCGCAUACGCGGCCGCGGCGCCUCCGUCGGGGUACCCGGGCUACGGCUCCACCGCGCCGCCUCCCCAGGCUGCCGCAGCACCGUACGGCGCCGCUCCACCGCCCUACGGCGCCGCGCCCCCGACCCAGGGAGCGGGCGGGUACGGCUCCUCUGUUCAGCCGGCAUACGGCGCCGCGCCCCCGACCCAGGGAGCGGGCGGGUACGGCUCCUCUGCUCAGCCGGCGUACGGCGGCGCGCAGCCGGGUCAGGCGGCGGGGUACGGUGGCACGACGGGCGUGGGCCUGGACCAGAGCGGCGGGAAGACGAAGAAGAAGGGGAUGGGGAUGGCUGGCGGGCUGGCGGUGGGCGCGGCGGCGGGCGUGCUGGGCGGGCUGGCGCUGGCGGGCGGGGCGAGCUACGUGGAGCACAAGAUCGAGGACCACGUGACGGAGCGCGUGGAGGAGGACAUGUACCGCGGCGGUGGGUACGACGACUACGGCGGCGACGACGACUACUAGUACUAGAGCAACCAUGGAUCGUCGUUCCCGGGGCCAUGCAUGAAUCGGACCGGACCGGACCGGAGAGUUGAGAAGAAGAGAGGUUAUUCUCUUGUGCGUAUCAUCAAGAGAUGAAACUUAGAUCGUUGAUCUUGCAUACAUCUAGUUUUGUUAAUCUCCAUCCAUGCAUGCAUGCAUGUGGACGAGAAUCGGGUUGAAUGAAUUUCUUUUUGGUGCAACUUGCAAUGGCGGCUUCCUUCCACCACAAAUUAAAGUCUCUUGUUUGUUUGUUUGUUUCUUGCUUGCUUGCAUUCCAUUCUUUGGUGAGACGUGACUUGUGGUGGAAGCCGACAGAUAGAUACUAGGAGUAAAUAGUAUAUGUCCUUAUUUUUA